GAGGAAGAGGAGAAGCAGAAGGAAGAAGAGGAGGUGUGUGUGAAUGCAGCCAUGGCCUGUGCCCUCUGUCCAUAAAGAAGCUGCACAUCGGAGAAGACACCAAAGGAGACAGAGACGACCAGCAGGAUGAAACUGUGGGGGAGGUCAGCUUGGCCUUGGCAGGUGGCCUUUCUUGUUACCUUGGUGAUGCUCUGCGUUGACCCAGUGUCUGCCGGCAACCGUAACCAUCGGGGACCGACAGUAUCCUACCAGGUGAAGCAGGGGACAUGUGAGGUGGUGGCUGUUCAUCGCUGCUGCAAUAAGAAUAAGAUCGAGGAGCGCUCUCAAACCGUCAAGUGUUCCUGUUUCCCGGGGCAGGUCGCCGGCACCACCAGAGCCAGACCCUCCUGUGUGGAAGCCUCCAUUGUAGCCCAGAAGUGGUGGUGCCAGAUGCAGCCGUGUAUGGAUGGAGAGGAGUGUAAAGUCCUACCUGACCUGACUGGCUGGUCCUGCAGCACCGGCAACAAAGUCAAAACCACCAAGGUCACACGAUAGCAAGAGAGCCACUGAGCCACGAGGAAACCUGAAACUUUCCAUGUGGAAAGGAUGGAUGACUCACACAUAUUUACUGUACGAUGGGGAAAACUAUCAUGGAAGGGACUGCUGUCAAGAUAUCCAUCUCAAAGCAAUGGGAUAAAAUGUACUCGUCGCAAACUGUGUACACUCGGCCAUGUGGAGCCAAACAUACAGCGUAUUUACUGUGCUGGUUGUUGAGACCAGUGGACUGCAAUCAGGGUACAUCUGGACAACAAAGGGACUCUUAUUUUCCAAUAACGGACAGUGUGGAUUGAUUUAAAAUGGUUGAAUCCAAACGCCAAUUAAGCAUUUCAAAGUAUAUAUUUCAACAAAGCAUUUGUGGAUGAGUGUGAGGUGUGAACUGAAAGCUGUGCUGAGAGUGUCGCUGGACACAAUCCAGGCCUGUUGUCGAAGUGUAGAAGCUAUAGUGGAAACGGUGGAGAUGAUUUGGGAGGAGUGAAGCAGCAGCUCAUAACUAGCAAAUAGCAAAUUAGCAUCAAAUAGCUCUUGUGGGUCAAGUCACUACCAUGAAGACUGUUUUGCGGGAGUCAUUUUGCAGUUCUAAUUAGGAAUUGCAGUAGGAUCAUAACAACAUAUUAAAAAUUCAUGUAAGAUAUUUGCACUAGUCGAAACCAUUGGGGAAUGUUUUGUUUUUCUAGAUAUCGCCCAUGUUUUGCUGUGGAUGUCACAUGAAAUUGAAGGUGAGCAUUUUGUAAAAUGUCUGACACUUGAAGUAGAUAAAUAUGUAUAUCACAAUCCAGUAAAUUUGAGUAGUUAUUGAUUAAAAAUGACUCAGACUAUCGAGCUUCGCUUACAUACAGCUUGGAACAAUAUGAACUAGCAAAGUGUGAUUCAUCAUUUGUCUCUCUCUCUUCUUCUUUUUUUUUUUUUUAGCCCAGAGACAUUUCCAAGCUCAGCCUUCAAAGUUAUAUAUCUUUGAUCUAUUAUACUCAGUCUGUGACAUCUCUUAUGUUAACUGUUAAAAGGAGGCCCAUAAAUGUUCAAACAAGGAGGA